UGAGCUUAUUUGAGUCAUUUCGGACUUUCUGGAUGUGUCAAAACGUGAAGAUAAGGAGCAAUAUGAAAACUUUUCUACAUCUCUCUCUCUCUCUCUCUUUUUUACCCCACUCUUCUCUUUCCCAUUUGAUAACAACAGCACAGGUAUUAAAUUAAAACAAUCAAAUCCGUAGCUCUCUAUCAUUACUGACAUUAUCCACUGUAAGAAGAUGUUGCGUACUUUUUGCCGUGUCUCGCCUGCUUUGAAAGCAGCUCAACGUCAACCAAGCCUUUAUCUUGUUGCGCGACCUGCAUCGACUGUUGGCAAAGGCAAAGUGUUGACCACUGCCACAAUGAACCCACAGAUCCGCAAUGCCGAGUAUGCUGUGCGCGGUGCUUUGCCCAUUCGCGCUGAGGCUUUAAACAAGCAAUUGCAAACGGACAAACAACUUGGCUUUGAUCGCGUUGUCUUUUGCAAUAUCGGCAACCCUCAACAACUUGCACAGAAGCCGAUCACGUAUUUCCGCCAGGUCGCCUCUUUGUGUGACAAUCCGGAUCUGCUGAAGCCGGAGAACCGGGAAACCUUACUGAAACUUUAUCCACAAGACGCCAUCGACCGUGCCGAACUUUUAUUGAAGCAUCUUGGCAGCGUCGGUGCUUACUCUCACUCUCAAGGUCUGCCCCAUAUCCGUGAAAAUGUUGCAAAGUUCCUUGAACGUCGUGAUGGUUUCUCUGCCAACCCGGAACAUAUUUACCUUACUCAGGGCGCAUCAGCUGGUGUUCAGACCGUGUUGCAGAUGCUGACCGAAAAUGAAAAGAGCGGUAUUAUGAUUCCCAUUCCACAAUACCCAUUGUACUCUGCCACCUUGUCUUUAGUGAAUGCCACGCCUGUGCCAUAUUAUUUGAAGGAGGAGCAAAACUGGGGUUUGAGCGUCGAAGAUUUGAAAAAGUCAGUGGACGGCUCGCGUGCCAAGGGUGUGGAUGUCCGUGCUUUGGUUAUCAUCAAUCCAGGCAACCCCACUGGGCAAUGCCUUUCGGAAGAGAACAUGCGUGAAAUUAUCGAUUUCUGUCAAAAGGAAAACGUUGUCUUGCUUGCUGACGAAGUGUACCAAACCAACGUAUACAUGCCCAAGGAACGCCCAUUCCACAGCUUCAAGAAGGUUCUGCGAUCGAUGGGAGACAAGUAUAAUGACGUUGAACUGUUUUCCUUCCAUUCCACCUCCAAGGGUAUGAUUGGCGAGUGCGGUCGUCGUGGUGGCUAUCUGGAGUGCGUCAAUAUCGACGAAAAGGUCUUGGAACAGCUGUACAAGAUCGCAUCCAUCUCUUUGUGUCCCAACGUGCACGGCCAGAUCAUGACGGAUUUGAUGACCAACCCUCCAGUCGAAGGUGACGCCUCUUUUGAAAACUACAACAAGGAAGUGAACGGUAUUUACGAGUCGCUUCGUCGUCGUGCAACCAAGCUAUCUACUUGUUUCAAUGGCUUAGAGAACGUCACCUGCAACGAUGCUGAGGGUGCCAUGUACCUGUUCCCGCGUGUCCGACUCCCCAAGAAGGCCAUUGAUGCUGCUAAGAUUGCAAAUGUUAGUCCUGAUGCUUUCUACGCCCUUCAACUUCUCGAGGCUACUGGCGUGUGUGUGAUUCCUGGCUCUGGAUUUGGUCAAGAACCCUACACCUGGCAUUUCCGAAGCACCUUCCUCCCGGAGGAACAUCUGUUUGACGAUUUCUGUUCCAACAUUGAAAAAUUCCACUCGGGUUUCAUGGAAAAGUAUAGAGAUUAGUUAGUUUCUCUCCUCUCUCUCUCUCCAAGAAAACGUGUGGCGAUUCUACAAUAACUGUACAAUUUUUUGACAUCUCACAUAUAUAGCAUAUUCAUAUCUCUUUUCUGUCCUUUUCUCAUUCUAUUUUUGUACUAAUCCCUACUUGUUCUUUGUAAACUAAAAGCAUUUUCAGAAAGAC